UGAUCCCGAUAUUGCUGAUAUGGCAACAAGAGACAGCAUGCAGGGUUUGGAUGACGUCAGGAGAGGAGCAGCAGGGGGUUCUGCCGACAGUGUUCUCACCUGGCAAGGAGACAGACGUGAGGAGUCUGGGGAGGAGUCCGGUAGGAGAGACAAAGAUGUGAGAGUGUACAGGUGUGAGGAGUGCAGCAAGGAGUUCAGUAGGCUGGGUCAUCUGAAGAGGCACAUGCGCACUCACACAGGUGAGAAACCCUACAGGUGUGAGGAAUGCAGCAAGGAGUUCAAUCAGCUGAGUAAUCUGAAGAGACACAUGCGGACUCACACAGGGGAGAAACCCUACAGGUGUGAGGAAUGCAGUAGGCAGUUCAGUCAACUUAGUGAUCUAAAGACUCACAUGAGGACUCACACAGGAGAGAAACCAUACAGGUGUGAGGAUUGUAGCAGGCAGUUUUGUCAGCUGGCAAUUCUGAAGACUCACAUGCACACUCACACGGGGGAGAAACCCUACAGGUGUGAACAGUGCAGCAUGCAGUUCAGUGUGCUGAGUAAUCUUAAGACUCACAUGCGGACUCACACAGGUGAGAAACCCUACAGGUGUGGGGAGUGCAGCAGGCAGUUCAGUAAGCUGAGUAAUCUGAAGAGACACAUGCGAGCUCACACAGGGGAAAAACCUUACAAGUGUGAGGAAUGCAGCAGGCAGUUCAGUCAACUUGGUGAUCUGAAGAAACACAUGCAGACUCAUACGGGUGAGAAACCUCACAAGUGUGAGGAGUGCUGCAAGCAGUUCAGUCUUAUGGGUAGUCUGAAGAGGCACAUGCGGACUCACACAGGGGAGAAACCCUACAGGUGUGAGGAGUGCAGCAGGCAGUUCAGUGAGCUGGAUCAUCUGAAGACACACAUGCGGACUCACACAGGGGAGAAACCCUACAGGUGUGAGGAGUGCAGCAGGCAGUUCAAUCAGCUGGUUCAUCUGAAGAAACACAUGCGCACUCACACAGGGGAGAAACCCUACAGGUGUGAGGAGUGCAGCAGGCAGUUCAGUCAGCUGGGUGAUCUAAAGAAACACAUGCGCACUCACACAGGGGAGAAACCACACAGGUGUGAGGAGUGCAGCAGGCAGUUCAGUGUACUGAGUAGCCUGAAGAAUCACAUGCGGACUCACACAGGGGAGAAACCCUACAAGUGUGAGGAGUGCAGCAGGCCUGUUAGUCAGCUGGGCAAUCUGAAGACUCACAUGCGGACUCACACAGGGGAGAAACCCUACACGUGUGAGGAAUGCAGCAGGCAGUUCAGUCAGCUGGGUCAUCUGAAGAGUCACAUGAAGACUCACUAUGGACAAACUGAAGGUGUAAGGGACGAAGCAGGCAGUUCUGUGAACUAGGAAGUCUGAAGAGACGUGUACUCACAUGAACCCUACAUGUGUUAUAAGAAUACAGCAGGGAGUAUGAUAGGGAAGAUAGAAAGAAGCACAUUACACUGAAACUGGUGAGAUACCCUCGAGUGUUAGGAAUUGAGUCAGCUUGGGUACACUGAAGGAACACAUGAACACAUACAGUCAUGACAGACUCACAAGGCAGUAAACUUACACAAGUAACAGACGACCAGAGCCUUAAGAUAGCAAGCAAGUUUAGUAGGGCUAGUAAUUUCAUAAUUGAUUUGGAGCGAAAAAUGCCUAUGGGUGUAUUGAGUGCAGAAAUCUGUUAAGUCUUGCAGACUAUUACUAUAUGUAUCUUGAUGAGCUUAAAAUCAUGCAAAAGCUGGAUAUGUAGACACAUACAUUUUGUAAUACAUGUACGCAUCUAUAGUCUACUUGUUGGUAAAGUUAAGUUUUGCUGUUCUUGUUGGUUCAGCUUUGGCACGACAUUUCUUCUGUUAUAUAAGAAAUCUACUCUGUAUCUUACACACUGUAGACUUUAUUGGUCAUACUGUUAUAGGAUGUCCUUAUCUCUGUAGACUUAAUGGGCCAUAGAUUUGCAGACUAAUCUCUCUUCACAAUCUCAACCAGAGCCAGAGGAGCUUACAAUUGGCUGUUGUUCAAAUUCAUUGAUAAUCUUUUUUAACACAGCUAAAUGGUAGAAACGACGAUUGUUGUUUUAGAUGUCCACACUUUUUUCGAAAGUUUUUAUAUGCUUGUUGAUCCCUGAUCUUGUAGCUUAUAGUCAUCCAGUUUUGUUAUUUAAGUCUGGGUAGUAUUAACAUGCUUCCAAAGUAGUGAAAGUACAUUUGCGCCAAUUUCUAAGUAGUGAAGUAAAAAUUCAAAGUUCGAUGUAGUUAAAGUUCAAAGUAGGGAAAUUAAUUUCUUUAAAGUUUAUAUUAGUGAAGUACAAAGUUUAAAGUAGUUAAAAGGAAAAGUUCAAAGUAGUAAAUGUAAAAAGUUCAAAGUUCAUGGCAGUGUAGAACAAAGUAGGGAAGUAGAAAGCCAAAGUACAAGGUUCAAAGUAGUGAAAGUGCAGUGUCUAAUUUAAGUACAAAGUUGAAAGUAGUGACAACAUUUCUGGUAUUUGUUUAUUGAGUUCUCUGACACUUGUACCAGAUUUUUACAGUAGCUAUUUUCUAUGUUCCUUUUUACAUUUCAAAAGUGCUACGGUUACUUAGUUUCCAUCCAUUUGAGUUUUGCAAACUAGUUAUCAAAGAAAGCCACUUCUCGGUGAAAUAAAACGUUCCCCAA